AUGAAUUUCGAUGACCUCGUGGAAGAAAUGGAUUCCGAAGUUGAAUGCUCACAACCGUUGAGCCCCCAUAGAGAUAAAGUGUUUAAAAAAAUAUCUUACCACUUCGUUUGCGCUCCUCGAGUAGAACCAUCACAAAUUGUGGUACCGUCACCAUCUUCUGGCGGCCAUGCAGAUAUAAUCCAGAAGCUAGAUGCCAUUGAGACCCGACUCACUGCCAUUAAAAAGUCCCUAACAGACAAAAUGCCAGAAAAGGCCGAGGUGCAGGCACAAAGCAAAUUAUUGCGCGAAUGCCGCGUCAUAGCGGCAAAGAUGCAUCAUUCGAUUAUCCGCAUCACCCGUGACUUGGAAAACGAACAUUACGUGGAGCUCGCUUCGAAACUGCCUAUGUCAUCGGAAGAGCACGUAUUAGUUUUAAGUCGUAAAUAUUAG